AUGGCGUCUGCUAAAAAGACAUCGAGCAAAUCAGCAAGUCAAACAUCCAAACAAAGUAGAGUUGGAUCACCGAUGAAACGCAAAUCAUCACAAAGCUACAAUUCAUCAACUAAACAAAAGUCCAAGUCGCCAAAAAAACGACGAGCGGGCACAUCAUCGAGACAUCCGAACUAUCAACGAAUGAUUACCGAAGCAAUUUCAGCUCACGACUCCCGUAAAGGUUCAAGUCGAUCAAAAAUCAUGAAUCAUCUCAAAAAUACGUAUGGAAUCGGUAGCGGCAAAGUUGUUAAUAGUCAUCUUCGCUCAGCAGUCGAAGCACUUCUCAAAGACAGCGUUAUUUCACUUGCUAGUGGUACGGGCUAUAGCAACGGAUAUUACAGAUUGUCUGCCAAGGGAAGAAAAGCAAACAAUAAAAACUCAUCAUCUAAUAAAUCAAGUAAACGACGAUCAUCAUCACAAAGCGGUUCUGGUAGCCGUGGUGUUUCAUCUUCACCUUCACGAUCGCAAUCGCAAUCGCAAUCGCGAUCCCGAUCUGGCCGCCGAAGUCAAUCAACUGAUCGUCGUCGUAAGAAUACCAAGUCCCAAGGUCGAUCACGUUCACCAAGCAAAUCAAAGCAAUCCGAUGGUCGUAAGAAUAAUGUGCCACCACAACAACAAAAACGUUCUCGAUCAUCAAAUAAUGCUAGCCGAUCACGUUCACCAAGCAAAUCAAAGAAAUCCGAUGGUCGUAAAAACAACGUACCGCCACAACAGCAAAACCGAUCCCGAUCAUCAAGUCAAGCAAAUCGAUCACGAAGUCGAUCACGAUCAUCGCCCAACAAGAACAAGAAGAGUGACGGUCGCAAAAAUAACAAACUACCUCAACAACAAUCUCGUUCGCCAAGCAAAAGUAAAUCAGGUGGUCGCCGUAAAAGCAUCACAUCUCGUCGAUCGACAUCUCGUUCACCAAGUAAAUCACAAAAUAAUCGCAAAAAUGAUAAUGGUGAACAAUCUCGACAACGUGGCCGACCCAAAGGUGGUCAAAAACGCCAAGCAUCACAAGAUGACAAUAACAAUCAAUCGGCAACCGAUGAUGAACGCCAACAAUCAAGAUCACCAAACAAACGAUCGGGAGAAAAUUCCAACAGUUCGUCGCCGAACAAGAAAGCUCGAAAGUCUGGUGGUGGUUCUAGCAAGAAAAGCCGCAAAUGA